AUGCAAAGUGGUGGGAAAGCCGCGCACCACGUGCAGUCUUCAACGGAUGGUGGCGCUGUAAUAAAUGUCUGGUGGUGCGCGUUGACAUUGAGACCGACGGUUACACCUGCCCAGCCUGUGGCGAUCCUUGCGAGAGUGAUAGAGUCAGGGUUCGAGAAGCCGCAGCUGGGAUGUCUUAACCAAGAUAGAAAUUGA